AUGGCCGAAGCUGCUGUCGCAGUCGAAACCGCUGUAGCAGAGCAGUCGACUCUUCGAUGCGUCGCUUCAACAGGCGACAAAUAUCGCUGCACCGUCGACGAAGCACAUCCCGGCUGGGCUGAUCUUGUCCACGGCCAUGCGACUCGCGCCGACAAGGAUGAGAGCAAUUGCUUUCGCCAUGCUCUUCUGUCGGCAGAUGGCACCGCUGUAGUCACAUAUAACGAGGAUCUCAUCUUGAGAACUUUUGCAGUUCCAUCCGUCGUCGACUCGAGCGAGAAGCCUUCUGAACUCUCGCCAUACUGCUCCGCGCCAUCACCGGCAAAACUCACCUCAAUCACCCUACAUCCUGCCUUCGAAGUCUCUAAGCCUGCAACCACCCUACUCUUGACGUCGCAACCACACUUACCUAUCCGUCUGACCAACGCCCUCGAUCUGUCAUAUACCCACGCAUCCUACACGUGGCAGAAUCACCUUACCGAAGCCUACAUAUCACCCUCGUCCCUCCUCUUUGUCGACAACGACCACUUCGUCGCUGGCUCAAAAGACACCCUCGCUGUUUUCAACAUAUACACCCGAGACGGUCCCACAUACGAGUCUGCGACGAGAAAAGGCCGCAAGGCAAGGAAACUUUACGGAGCCGACACCUCUGGCAUUGGCGGUAUCGUGUCGUCUUUGGCUCUGUCCAAUGAUAAUAUUCUGGCUGCAGGCACGUACAACCGUCAGGUAGGCUUGUUCGAACAUGCUGGACAAGGAGAGUCUAUGACCGCUUUCGAUCUGAGCUACAACGAUGCCGAUGAUCGUCUGCUCAAAGGGAACGGUGUCAGCCAACUUGCUUGGAGCCCUUGUGGGAACUACCUCUUUGUCGCUGAGCGCCAGAGUGAUGCUUUGCUUGUCUACGAUAUAAGACACACCGGACAGCGCCUGAGUUAUCUCUCUGGCCGACAAGGACUCACUACGCUCAAGCUCUCGUUCGAUCUGGUGAGCGAUGCAUACGGGAAGAUUGAUAUCUGGGCCGGCGGCACGGAUGGCAAGGUCAGAGUCUGGCGAGACGUCACAAGCAGAGAGGGUUGCAUAGAGUCAGACCUCGCACUGCAAGCAAGUACUGGUAAGCAU